UUUACAAAUCGAUUUAGCAAACCCGCAUGGUUUUGUCCAUGGUAAUAUGAUUUUCAGAAGGGGAACCUCUGCCAAAAAUAUUCUUUAUUAUGACAGAAUAGCUUUGACUCUGCUAUUGGAUUUUGCAGAAGGGAGGCCGAGCCAAGACUUGACUGCGCCUGCGGAGACGGUCAUACAUUAAUGCGCAUGCUCGUCUCUUGGUUAGCGCUGCAUAUGGUUGACUGAGUAAACAGGAAGUGUGAGAGAUAUGCGAUUUAAAUAGACCUGGGCUUUAAUUAUUCGAUUUAACUGAUGUUAUGUGUUUCUAAAAUAUUUAACAAGCGAAAGGACUGCACACGGCGCACAGAUGUAGAAGCAACUCAAACAGCAAGAAUGGAUGUGGGGAGAGUGGUGAAGUUUGCAACAUUCUCAAGGGCUCUUACACUGCUGCUGCAGGCUGUGUUUAACUCCCUGAUUCCAGACCACGUGCCCGAUGCAUUCAGUCCUCCCCACGUUGCAGAGCCGAAAUGCUGGGACUCCCUGGUAGAAGUUAUAUUUGGGGGCCUUUCCCGCUGGGACGCAGAGCACUUUCUGUUCAUAGCUGAACGCGGCUAUGUCUAUGAACACAAUUUUGCCUUCUUCCCUCUGCUUCCUCUGAGCCUGCGUGCCGUUGCAGCCACUGUUUUCUGGCCUUUGGGAGGAUUGCUGAAUUUCCGAAGUCGUCUGCUGCUGUCUGUUGUGUUAAUAAACUCUGUCCUGUUCGUCCUCAAUGCUGUCACUUUGUACAGCCUGGGCAGGCUGGUGCUCCAGGACCGCAGGCUGGCCUAUUACUCCAGUCUGCUGUACUGUAUCACGCCUGCUAAUGUCUUCAUGGCAGCCGCCUAUUCCGAGAGCCUGUUUGCUUUCUUGGCGUUCGGAGCGAUGUGGCUGCUGGAGAAAGGACAGGCGUUAACAAGCUGUUUUGUGUUUGCCCUCGCGACCGCCACCCGCUCCAAUGGAAUUGUAAGCGUUGGAUUCCUGCUUUACAUUCAGUUUCAACGCUGCAUUUUACAGGCCAGAGUGGUUGGCAGGACUGCGGUAAAGCUGACCAAGUUUUUAAGUUAUGCUCGGAUUUCUUUUCAGUUUGUGCUCUCUGUGGCUGUAGGGACUGCGGUCGUUCUCCUGCCUUUUGGUCUUUUUCAGUAUUAUGGAUAUGUGACGUUUUGUAAACCCACGAUGAAACCAGAACUUAUCUCAAAUGCUUUACUUGAGCUGUCCGAGCAGAAAGGCUACCGGGUCCCUGAUAUGACCAGAGACUCACCGAGCUGGUGUUUUCACCAGUACCCUCUUUUGUACUCUUACAUACAGGAUGUCUACUGGAACGUGGGGUUCCUCAGGUACUACAAACUCAGGCAGGUGCCAAACUUCCUCCUUGCGCUGCCUGUCACAGUGCUGGGUACUGCAGCAGCCUGGCAGUACUGUACUGCUAACCCCUGGUUCUGCUUGCAGCUAGGGCUUAUCGAUGGGAAACAGAAGGGUCAGAGAGGAGAAAACCCUGACUUAAAAGGGUCUGACAAACCUGCCUCUGGAUUUUAUAGUCCCAAGGUGUUUGUGUACUUAGUACAUGCAACCGUGCUCUUAGCUUUUGGGGUCUUUUGUAUGCAUAUUCAGGUUCUAACUAGAUUCCUCGCUUCCUCGUCUCCUGUUCUGUACUGGUUCAGUGCCCAUCUUCUUCAGAAACAUGAACCCUUCUAUAGCACAGAUAGAGUCGAGAAAGCUGCUUCCUCCACACAGAGCCACACACGUCGUGCCAGGAUGCCCACCUCCAGUGAUGCCUGCAUGACUGGCUCCGAAUGGAGGAUCCUUCCCCAGAAUCCUCUCACCGAGCUGCUGUUGAACUGGGCACACUGCUCCGCUGUCACCAAGUGUCUUCUGGGGUACUUCAUAUCCUACUGGGUACUGGGACUCGUACUGCACUGCAACUGGCUGCCGUGGACAUGAAGGAGGGCAUUCAAAAAGAAUGACAAUUCUGAGUCUGUGAAGAUAAAUCAACAAAUACCAUCAUACGUGUCUUUAUUAAAUAAACUAAAACUGUACCUGCCCGUUUUGUAGUAUUUCUGUGUGUGUGACAGCAGUUUGUGUCUCAAUCUACCCACAAUUAUGCAUUUUAAAUAUUAAAUAUUGUAAAUGACAAGAACUACUAUAUGUGGAGGCUGUGUGGUCCAGUGGUUAAAGAAAAGGGCUUGUAAUAAGGAGGUUCCCGGUACAAAUCCCACCUCAGCCACUGACUCAUUGUGAGACUCUGAGCAAGUCACUUAACCUCCUUGUGCUCCGUCUUUCGGGUGAGAUGUAAUUGUAAGUGACUCUGCAGCUGAUGCAUAGUUCACACACCCUAGUCUCUGUAAGUUGCCUUGGAUAAAGGCGUCUGCUAAAUAAACAAAUUA